UCCGGCGCCGAGCGCGGGCGGCGGCGAUCGUGAGAGGCCUGGGUUGCCCGUCCUCGAGCAGACCCGGCGUCGCCGUCGUUUUCUGCCGCUGUCCAGUUACCUUUGACUGCCAUAUAUGGAUUCCCAAAAAUCUCUGAAGGAAACAGUCCUCGUUACGGGAGGAGGUGGCUAUUUUGGCUUCCGGUCAGUGCAUCUGCAAAAUAUGUCCAUGGAAUUAUUUUACUGGUAGUUGCUGGGAAAAGUAUAGCUUUCGACUCACACUAAUGCAGUGUAGACUCUUACUUGUUUGUAUAGUGUUAAACCAGGAAUGGACGGUGCUGCCCACGGCUCAGAUACUGAAAUGGAGAACUACAGCCUAGGCUGUGCUCUGAACCAGAAGGGCGUCCGUGUGAUUCUGUUUGACAUAAGCAGCCCUGCUCACGCCAUUCCAGAAGGAAUCGAGUUUAUACACGGAGACAUCCGCCACCUCUCUGACAUUGAGAAAGCCUUCCAGGAUGUGGAUGUCGCUUGUGUGUUCCAUAUUGCCUCUUACGGUAUGUCAGGGCGCGAGCAACUGAAUCGAAACCUGAUUGAAGAAGUGAACGUGGCGGGCACAGACAACAUCCUCCAGGCUUGCAGGAGGCGAGGGGUGCCAAGGUUAGUUUACACUAGCACCUUCAAUGUCAUCUUCGGAGGUCAAGUUAUCAGAAAUGGAGAUGAAUCUCUGCCUUACCUACCUCUUCACCUCCAUCCUGAUCACUACUCUCGGACCAAAUCUGUUGCAGAGAAGAAGGUGCUGGAGGCCAAUGGUACAGCCCUGGAAAGGAGUGAUGGGGUCUUGAGAACCUGUGCUCUGAGGUCUGCUGGCAUCUAUGGGCCUGGAGAACAAAGGCACCUCCCCAGGAUAGUAAGCUACAUUGAGAAGGGCCUGUUCAAGUUUGUGUACGGAGACCCCAAGAGUCUGGUUGAAUUUGUCCAUGUGGAUAACUUGGUGCAGGCUCACAUUCUGGCUUCAGUGGCCCUGAAAGCUGACAAGGGCCACAUUGCCUCUGGGCAGCCCUACUUCAUCUCAGAUGGCAGACCUGUGAACAACUUUGAGUUCUUCCGGCCUUUGGUUGAGGGCCUGGGCUACAAGUUCCCAUCCAUCCGCCUGCCCUUGACUCUCAUCUACUACUUUGCUUUCCUAACCGAGACGGCCCACUUCAUUCUGGGUCAACUGUACAACUUCCAGCCCUUCCUCACCCGCACCGAAGUUUACAAAACCGGCGUCACACAUUACUUUAGCCUAGAGAAAGCCAAGAAGGAGCUAGGUUAUGAGGCUCAGCCAUUUGACCUCCAGGAAGCAGUAGAAUGGUUUAAAGCCCAUGGUCAUGGCAGAAGUCCUGGAAGGCGUGACUCUGAGUGUCUUGUUUGGGAUGGGCUGUUGGUCGUACUCUUGGUUAUAGCGGUUCUUGCAUGGCUGCCGCCUUCUGUGAUUCUGUCAGUGUGAAGGAGGAGCUAGAAAUAAGGAGCUGAUCACACUUGCUGAGAUGGUUUUCAAGAAACACAGGUUUGGGACUUGGUGGUGCAGUGGUAAAGAAUCCGCCUGCCAAUGCAGGGGACUUGGGUUCAAGCCCUGGUCCAGGAAGAUCCCACAUGCCACGGAGCAACUAAGCCCGUG